CGCGCGCGUUUGCACGAGGUGAGAGCGAAAUGGAGCGUUCGGCUUCCACGCCACCCUCAUCCUCAACCGCAGCCUCGGCCUCCGCUCCGGCGACCCCGGCCUCCGUGGAGCAGCUGGACAAAGGACAGAUUAGAAAGGCGGUGGAAGCUCUGGUGGCACAUUCCAAGUCCAGGAAAAACGCCAAUGGAUUGCUUUUGAAUGAGAAUGAAAAUUUCUUUUUAAUGGUGGUAUUGUGGAAGAUUCCAAGUAAAGAACUGAGGGUCAGAUUGUCCUUGCCUCAUGGUAUUCGAUCAGAUUUAACAGAUAUUUGUUUACUUACCAAGGAUGAACCCAAUUUAACUCCUGAAAAGACAGAACGGUUUUACAAGAAGCUUUUGAACAAGCAUGGAAUUAAAACCAUAUCUCAGAUUAUCCCCCUCCGAACUUUAAAAAAGGAGUAUAAAGCCUAUGAAGCCAAGCUCCGCCUCCUGGGCAGUUUUGACUUCUUCCUCACUGAUGCAAGAAUCAGGCGGCUCUUGCCAUCCCACCUAGGGAGACAUUUCUAUCACAGAAAGAAAGUUCCGGUGCCUGUGAACCUUCUGGCCAAGAAUUUAUCCAGGGAGAUCAAUGAAUGCAUAGGUGGAACGGUUUUAAACAUCUCUAAAAGUGGUUCCUGCAGUACUAUCCGCGUUGGCCACACUGGAAUGGAGGUUGAACACGUCGUUGAUAACAUCAUCGCCGUGACGAAGGGGCUUUCCCAAAAGUUGCCAGAGAAGUGGGAAAGCGUGAAACUCCUGUAUGUGAAAACUGAGAGGUCCGCUUCCCUGCCCAUCUUUUCCUCAUUUGUUAGCUGUCAGGAUGAAGCAAAGGGAUUAUGCACCCCCAGUCAGAAGAAAAAGGAAGCAAAGAAAAAACAAAAACAAAAAGAGUAUCGUGAAAAACAAAAAGAGAAGAAGAAAAACAAAAGGCUUAUGAAGCAGGCUAGAAAAGCUCCGUCGGCCCCAGAGAAAGAGGACACGGGCCCCAAAACUGGUGGUACCCCAGCGCCCGACCCUCCCCCCCAGAAGGAGGAGCCGAGAGCACACAAGAAGAAAGAGGGCAGUAGAGUGAAAGCUCAGUCUAAGGUGCAGGAGGAAUCCGAAGACGAGAUCCCUCUGCUGGUGCCAAUAGGGAAGAUGCCAGCGAAAGGAAACGCAGAGGUGCAAAAACACGCCGCAGGAAAGAAGUCUCCAAAAAAGAGUCCUGCCCCCAGCACACCCCGUGGGAAGAAGAGAAAGGCCUUUCCGGGUUUGGAGACCCCGAAGGCUGCAGAGCCCAAGACCCCAGGCAAUGGCCUGGGGAAGAAGCCAAGAAUCAAAGAAGAGGCAGAGAAAGAAAAAAACUCUUCACUGGGGAAAAAAGACCCAAGACAGAUGACCAAAAAGCCAGGGGCCAAGUUCUUCACUACUGCUAGUAAAUCUGCGAAAAAAGCUCCCCGCACCCCAAAACAGUGGCCCAAAAAGCCCAAAGUACCCCAGUCGACCUAAAAAUCAAGAGACUCAAGCAGAAGGAAACAUCCACACUCCCCGAAGAGCUUUUUAAAAAUGCCGGG